AUGUAUCGUCGUGGAGCGGCAAAGAAGGACCCCAACAACAAACCCGUGAAAAAGGAUGUCAGUGAUAGUGAUAAAUACGCCGACCUCUUGGUUUUCGGCUAUGCCUGCAAACUGUUCCGAGACGACGAAAGGGCUCUUUACCACGAACACGGAAAACAUCUAAUCCCAUGGAUGGGGGACAAGAGCAUCAUGAUUGAUAGAUACGAUGGGCGGGGUCACUUGCAUGACCUGUCAGAGUAUGACAGUGGGUCAUGGAAUACAUCCUAUCAACUGUCAGAGGAAGAGGCCAGGAUAGAGGCACUGUGUGAUGAGGAGAGGUACCUGGCUCUACACACGGACCUGCUGGAAGAAGAGGCGAGACAGGAGGAGGAGUACAAACGUCUGAGUGAGGCUCUGGCAGACGAAGGCACCUACAACGCAGUGGCCUUCAAAUACAGUGCCGACUACUAUGACCCCUCCCAGCCCACAGAAGAAGAGGAUGCUAGAAGGGAAGCUGCAGAGGCAGAGCCUGAGGACAGUGAGGAACCAUUUGUUGCCCCCGCAGGACUUGAUAUCCCACCAGAUGUGGAACUGCCAGCCACCAUCAAAACCCACAACAUCAUCGAGAGGACGGCAAAGUUUGUGUGCCAGCAGGGGGCUCAGUUUGAGAUAGUGCUCAAAGCAAAGCAGUCCAGGAACUCCCAGUUUGACUUCCUUCGUUUCGACCACUACCUGAACCCUUAUUACAAGCACAUCCUGCGCGCGAUGAAGGAGGGUCGAUACAGCCUCGCCUCGUCCGGCAAACAGGAGCAGUCGCAGGAGUCUAAUUCGGAUGAUUCUGAUGAUGAUGGUGAUGGCAACUACCUUCACCCCAGCCUUUUUGCUCCCACAAAGAGCUCUCGCCUGGAGGAGCUGACAAGGCCUCUAAAGGUUAUGGACCCAGAUCAUCCCCUGGCAGCUCUUGUACGAAAAGCCCAACAAGAAAGAAAUGGAACGGUAGCAGCGGUACCUACUCCAGAGGAGGCGGCUCCCAGUGCUCCCGCUGCUCCCAGUGCUCCCAGUGUUCCCAGUGCUCCCGCUGCACCGGCUGCACCCACCCAGUACACUGCCGACCCUGUGUACUACGGCUACUACAUGCUCCCCGAUGGAUCCUUCUGCUUAGCCCCACCUCCCCCGGGCAUAGAUGCCACCUCAUAUUACAACAGUGUGCCGUCAGCUGUCAUGCCCCCCUCCGCUUCUUCCGAAGCUUUGGCCCACUCUGGAACGCCUCCCGCUUCAGCUCCAACUGUCACAGUGCCAUCAGCAACCCCAACCCCAACCCCCUCUCAGGUCUCCACCACUGCCACUCCUGUGAAUGUUCUGGAAACCAGAAAUAGCUCGGAACCUGAAGCUCCGGUUUCCACCCCAGCACCAGUAGCAGCAGCCAUCAUCCCCCCACCCCCUGACAUCCAGCCAGUCAUAGACAAGCUGGCAGAGUACGUGGCGAGGAAUGGUCUGAAGUUCGAGGCCAGCGUCCGCGCCAAGAACGAUCCCCGGUUUGACUUUCUGCAGUCUUGGAACCAGUACAACACCUAUUACGAGUUUAAAAAGAAUUACUUCAUGCAAAAGGAAGGAAAAGUCCUGUCAGAGAUCGGGACACUAGAUGAUUCCGAUGAGCAGUCUGACGAUUCCAAGGAGUCUAUGUUGACAAAAGCAUCUUUUGCUCCCAUCUGUUUUGCAAUCAAGCCCAAAGAAAACGACAUGCUUCCUCUGGAGAAGAACAGAGUCCGACUGGACGACGACUCGGACGAGGACAAGUUGUUAGACGGGGAAGGACUGGAAGCUGUGCUUGCUGGAGCUGAAAUUGUUGAAAAGGAGCCUCCCCCAGCCAGCGCACCGGAAGAGAAGCGGCCCGCCCUUAGUUUGGAGGAGCUGGAGGCAAAGCAAGCCAAGCAAAAACUGGAGGAUCGCCUGGCAGCUGCAGCCAGGGAGAAGCUGGCGCAGGCAUCCAAGGAGUCCAAAGAGAAACAGCUACAGGCUGAGAGGAAAAGGAAGGCAGCACUCUUUUUGCAGACGCUCCGCGGCCCGGUCGCUGGAGAGCCUGAGGCAAAGAGAGCGGAGCUUGAUUCAUGUACUCAACUCCAGCUGCAGGAAGCCUACUCUAUUCUGUCCGAACACGCUGCUCCUCAAGUGUACCGCACAGCACCCGUACGGGCCAAGGAUAAAAGGCUCUUAUUGGAGAACCACGGAGCUAACCGCGGCAGAGAGGACCCCUCCUGCUCUUCGACAUCAUCCUCUCACACCACGUCCAAAGGCUCGGACAGAGACAGAGAGCGAGAUCGAGACCGAGAUCGUGAUAGAGAUAGAGACAGAGACCGGGACCGAGAAAGAGAAAGGGAAAGGGACAGACACAGAGACAGAGACAGAGACCGAGAUCGGAACCGAGGGAGGGACAAAGACAAAAAGAAGAAAAAACACAAGCGGAGGUCGAGGUCCAGAUCAAAGACCAGACACUCCCUUCCCAGUGCCUACAGAAGAGCCCGCAGGUCCCGAUCUCGAUCACACUCCCCAGGGAGGAGGGACAAGAGGGGCUCAUCAGCAGACAGGAGACACGAGGAGAAAGAUCGCUAUCAUCCCAGCAGCAGCUCCAGCUUGCCCAGAGGGCAUUCAAGAUCCAGGUCUCCGCUUGAACAAAAGAAGAGCUCCUUCUCCUCCUCAGUACAGACGUGUGUUGCCGGUUUCACAGCCUCCCCAUUUUCCUCACCCAAAGUCGUGUCCACGUCGGCCAGCCCUGCGUCCAGCCUCAGUGGCUCAAGGGGGGGUUCUCAAGAGAAAGACAAGGCAGUGUCUUCAUCCAUAGUGUCCUCUGUGCAGUCCAAAAUAACUCAGGAUUUGAUGGCCAAAGUGCGAGCCAUGCUCGCCUCAUCCAAGACCUUCCAUCCUCCCAGUUCCUAA